AUGCUGGUGCGAAGGGCAGGAAGCAAGUCAAGCGUCAGCUCGGCUCCAGACACGCCGUUUCAUUUUGAUGCUCUCGAAGCCCGCGCCAUGGCCCUUGAGGUCGAAGUCGUCGGUUGCCGUGAGCUCCGGGCGCCGCCGGCAACAUCGCUGAUGGGCAUGACCUUCUCCCACAUCCAUCCCUAUGUCCAGCUGGCUCUGACAAGCCCGCCGCGAGAGGCCGAGCCUGUAGCGGAUGCCGAUGUUGGUGCCGGAGACGGAGUCGAGACCAGCGGCGCCGAGGCCGCCGUCAACCCGCCAGAGACUCCCGCGCGCAUCAAGCGUAAGCGCAACCCACUGGAGAAGGCCGUGGUGACCAAGCACGUCAAGGAUCACGACAACUCGCCGGUGUAUGGCGAGCGGUUUGUGUUUCCGCUCGAUGAGGAGGCAUCGCUCCGCGUUCGGGUCUUCGAUCACUCGAGCCUUUCGUCGAAGCACACCGUGCUUGGCGUGGCAGACGUCCCGCUCGCGCGCAUUGUUCGCGACAUCCAGCGUCAGCAAGGCAACUCUGGCCUCGAGUGGCUCUCAACCUGGUUCUGGCUCGGGCCGGAGACCCAGGCUAUGGGCCGGGUCUACCUCAACUUUCGCGUCCUGCCAUGGGCCAAGCUGCUAGAGCAGCGGCGGCGGUCGCAGCGGUCGAACAAGCCGCCGGCGCCGCUGCCGCAGGCCCAACGGCCCGCUGGCGUCGCAUCGCAGGUUGAAGACAGUCUCGGGUGGGAGAUCCCGUGGCACAAGACGGCCCAGCUGCCGUCGACCGAUCCAGUUGCCCCGCCGCCCAAGUUCCGCAUCCUCUCGCUCGACGGAGGUGGCAUCCGCGGCAUCCUCACUGCUGUCGUCCUCCACCGGCUGCUGGCAAAGCACCCGCUGCUACUGCAGGAUGUUGAUCUCAUUGCGGGCUGCUCUACCGGCGGCAUCAUUGCUAUCAUGCUGGCGUGCGGGUACUCGCCUGCGCAGGUAGCGGCCAUUUACGAGGCGCACUGCCCGUCGAUCUUCAGGUCGGACCCGAUCCGCCGGUUCUCGCCGUUCUCGGCCAAGUACUCGGACAAGGUCAAGUACAAUGCGUUCAAGGACUACGUUGGAAGCGUCAAGCUUGGUGAGCUCGGCAAGCACGUCAUGGUGCCGGCGUUCCGGCUGGAUGGACGGACCGGGCACUCGGACGAUGCCGAAGCCCGGUCGAUCUUCCCGUCGCCAACCUGGCGGCCGGCGCUCUUCUCUAACUUGCCGGCAUACUCGGGCCCGGCCGAGCAUACUGGCGCCGUCUCGACGGCGGUCGGGCCGGACAACAAGAUGUCGGCCAUGGACGUGGCCAUGAUGACUUCUGCGGCGCCGACCUACUUUCCGCCGUUCCGCUCUGACUCAUACCUCCGCGACACGUACUUUGUCGAUGGCGGUGUGUGCAUCAACAAUCCAGCACAGGCUGCCGUGGCUCGGGUCGUCUCGCUCUACCCGCACGUCACGAUGGACAACACGGUGGUACUCUCUCUCGGCGCCGGCGUCUUCAACAUCAACCUCUCGUUUGAGGAGGAAGAGGACACCGACUUUGGCAUCCGCCAGUGGGCACCGCACCUCCUAGAUCUUGCCAUGGAUGGCGACCGGCUCCUCACCGACUACCUCAUGCGGCUGACAAUGGGCGAGCGGUACCACCGACUCGAUCCGCUCCUCCCACGGCAGAUCCCGCUCGACUCGGUCGAUGACAUGGACGAGCUCGUCUCCAUCGCCAUGAAUGUCGACCUCUCGGCCACCCACGCUUUUCUUCAAGACACCUUCCUCCGUCGGCCUGCCCAUCCGUAG